AUGGGCAACGACGCCCUCGACUCCGACGCGACGCACCUCGACCUGCCCCCCUCCUCCGCGCCGAACCUCUCCGCGCCCGUCGCGCCCUCGGACGAGCCGGACGAGAUCCGCGCGAUCUGGGGAACAACAGUCAACCUCGCCGAGACAAUGAAGCUUUUCCGCGACUUCCUCGCCGGCUUCAAGCCCAAGUACCGCGCCGCGCACGACCGCGAGACCGGCUCGUCGCGCCUUUCCGCGCGCGCGUUCGCCGCGCCCGACGAGGGGGAGACGCUGCUGUACGAGACGUACAUGCGGCGCAUGCGCCAGACGGGCGAGACGAAUUUGAACCUGGACAUGGCGAAUCUGCUGGCGUACCCGCCGUGCCGCAAGCUGCACGGGCAGCUGCAGAAGUAUCCGCAGGAGGUCAUUCCCGCGAUGGACCAGGUGCUCAAGGAUCUGAUGCUCGAGAUCGCGGAUCGCGAUCAGCAGGCGGGCGUCGACGGGAUGCAGGGCGCGGACGGGGACGAGGAGAUCUCGGAGAUCAUGAGCAAGGUGUACAAGGUCCGCCCGUUGGGGCUCAAGGCCGUCAACAUGCGCGAGCUCAACCCGACUGACACGGACAAGCUCAUCUGCAUCAAAGGCCUCGUCAUCCGCGCGACCCCCGUCAUCCCCGACAUGAAAGUCGCCUUCUUCCGGUGCCUCACCUGCUCGCACACCGUCCAGGUCGAGAUCGACCGCGGCAAGAUCGAAGAGCCGCAACGGUGCCCGCGCGACGUGUGCGCAUCCGUCGGCACAAUGUCGCUCGUGCACAACCGGUGCGAGUUCGCCGACCGCCAGGUCGUGCGCCUGCAGGAGACGCCGGACGCCGUGCCCGACGGCCAGACGCCGCACACGGUCUCGCUGAGCGUGUACGACGAGCUCGUCGACGUCGCGAAGCCGGGCGACCGCCUCACCGUCACCGGCAUCUUCCGCAGCGUUCCCGUGCGCGUGAACCCGCGCCAGCGCACGAUGAAGAGCCUCUUCAAGACGUACCUCGACGUCGUGCACGUGAAGCUCAGCUUCGGCGGGCGCCUCGGGCUCGAUCGCAGCACGCGCCCCGCGGGCGGGGACAGGAUCCCGGGGGAGGGCAUUGCUGGCGCGCAGAACAGGCGCUCGCGGAGGGCCGAGCUGGAGGCGAAGCUCAUUGAGCUUAGUCGGCGGCCGGAUCUGUACACCCUGCUCGCGCGCUCGCUUGCCCCGUCCAUCUGGGAGUUGGACGACGUGAAGAAGGGCAUUCUGCUCCAGCUCUUCGGCGGCACGAAUAAGAGCAUCGCUCGCGGCGGAGGCGGGGGUGGUCCGCGGUACAGAGGCGAUAUCAAUGUGCUGCUUGUCGGUGAUCCUGGUACCAGUAAAUCUCAGAUUCUACAUUACGUCCACAAGAUUGCUCCUCGCGGGGUGUAUGCAUCAGGCAAGGGUUCCUCUGCUGUCGGUCUCACUGCAUAUGUGACGCGUGAUCCCGACUCCAAGCAGCUUGUCUUGGAGAGUGGUGCACUUGUACUGAGCGACGGAGGCGUCUGCUGCAUUGAUGAAUUCGACAAGAUGUCUGAAGCAACGCGCAGUGUGCUUCACGAAGUCAUGGAGCAACAAACCGUGUCGAUAGCCAAAGCAGGAAUCAUCACCACGCUCAACGCGCGGACGUCUAUCCUGGCCGCAGCGAACCCUGUCGAGUCCAAGUACAACGUCGACCUCCCCAUCACGCGCAACAUCGAUCUCCCGCCAACCCUCAUUUCCCGUUUCGACCUGUUGUACCUCGUACUCGACCAGGUCGACGAGACUCUCGAUCGCAAGCUCGCUCAACAUCUUGUGGGCCUAUACUUGGAGGACGCCCCCGACUCUGCACUGCAGGACUUCCUACCGAUCAACGAACUCUCCGCCUACAUCGACUACGCCCGCACACACAUCCACCCCGUCCUCUCCUCCGAGGCCUCCGAAGAGCUCGUCGCAUCCUACGUCUCCCUGCGCUCCAUCGGCGCCUCGGACCCGCGCUCGUCCGAGAAGCGCAUCACCGCAACGACGCGGCAGCUCGAGAGCAUGAUCCGCCUCGCGGAGGCGCACGCGCGCAUGCGCUUCGCCGCGCACGUCUCGCUCGCGGACGUCCGCGAGGCGUGCCGCCUGAUGCGCGAGGCGAUCCGCACGAGCGCGAUGGACCCGCGCACGGGCAAGAUCGACAUGGGCCUGCUGAACUCGGGCACGGCGGCCGGCCAGCGCAAGAUGCGCGACGAUAUGCGCCGCGAGCUGCUUGUGCUGCUCGAGGCGAGCGGCGGCGCGCGCGGGAGGGGCGUCAAGUGGGCGGACGCGGUUAAGCGGCUGGGCGAGCAGAGCAGUAUCCGUGUUGAUACGGCUGAGUUUGCGGAGGUGGUCAAGGCUAUGGAAAAUGAGGGCCUCGUUAGCGUUGUGGGCGAAAGGGACAAGAGGACGAUUCGCAAGCUCGAUGGUGCGUAG